AUGGCAACCCAAUUCCGCUCUCAUGACACCUUGUCUGCUUGUACACUUUCAUAUGCAAGCAAAGGUACACAAUCACACGUUGCACUCCUCUUGGCUGCACUGAUAAGCUUAUCCACCUUCUCAACAGAGGCUUUCCAGUGGAACUACAGCAGCUCAGGUGUGAUGUCUCUCAACAAAGUGCAAGAGAUUCUUUCAGUGGCUCUGUACAGACUUGGCCAUUCUGGAAAUGGAGGUGGUGAAUGUGAUGCUGCUUUGCAAUGUGGUUGCGGUGUUGGGAGCAUUGUUGGAUACACCAAUCACACAGUUGCUGGCCUCCUCGAGCUAAACAAUGAGGUCAUGCAGUUUGCUUCAGAGGGAGAGAGACAACAUGCUUCUGCCUGGGUGCACAAUACAACUGGGGUUGAAGAGUGGGGUAAGGGCUGGCUUGUGAUUGUCGAAUCAGUUGUUGGACAGCCUGGCAGUGUUCAGGAUUCGAAGGUUUGGGCCUCAGGCAGCAACAUCCUGAAGAAGCCUCGCCUGUACCUUGACGAAGGUGAGUUCAUCUGGGUUGAUGGUGGAUAUGGCCAUUCUGCCUUCACAGUUGGACCAUUCUCUCACAUUGCUGCCAACAAGAGUCGAGACCUUCGACACUUCAACUACAUGCUCUCUCGAGUCCAAGUACAAGUCGAACAUGCCAUUGCAUACCUGAAGAACCGCUUCCAGUGCCUUACAGGCUAUCAUGGUAACAUCUACCAUUUCAAGGACUGCAUCACUGCUGCUGAGACGAUCCAAGCCUGCAUUGUUGCCCACACCUUUGCAAGUCAAUAUGACUGUCCUGCUGAUAUUGCUGACCUGCUGUUGCCCUCUUUCUCUGAGGAUGAGGGUUUGUUCCAGGCACUGUUCAGAUCCACUGGGCACAAUGAGGAAGACACUACUGCAUUGUCUCGACAUCAUGAGAGGACUACUGUGGACUACAUUGCCAUGACUCAAAGCACAUCAGCUCGGAGACAGGAGCAAGUCUUGACACAACCAUUCUUGAUCUGA